CACAGCUUACCUACUUGUAUGAUUCAUUCCUCGAUGCUACCCCGCAACAUUCACAACCACGACAACCACUACACGCGGCGAUGGGUGUCCACGGCCUUUGGAAGAUUCUCGAACCUGCGCACCGCCCCGUCAAGCUUGAGACCCUAGCUCGUAAACGCCUCGCGGUCGACGCCUCGAUCUGGAUCUACCAGUUCCUCAAAGCCGUACGCGACGCGGAUGGAAACGCCCUGCACAACUCGCACAUUGUUGGAUUCUUCAGAAGAAUCUGUAAGCUCUUAUUCCAUGGGAUUCGCCCGGUGUUCGUGUUCGAUGGCGGUGCGCCAGCGUUGAAGCGGCAGACAAUUGCUGGAAGGAAACAGCGCCGCGAGGGGAAACGCGAAGAUGCGGCACAGACGGCGAGGAAGCUUUUAGCGCUGCAGAUUAAGAAGCGGGCCGAGGAGCAGGCGCAGAUUUCGAAGGGGCCAAUUACUGGCGACGAAGGAGACUGGGAGACACUGCCCGAGAAGAUGGUUUACGUGGAUGAAAUCGAGCAGACCGACGAGCAGAGAAAGGCAAUGGAGGAACAGCGUAGGAAGACCAGAUUCAAGAAAACCGAUCAAUACCAAUUGCCGGAGAUGGAAUACGACUUUAGUCAGUUCGGCGCAUCGAAUGAUGUCCGGAUGCUCUCUGCCGAUGAACUUCAGGAGUAUGCGAGACAGUUCGAGGGGAUGGAGGAUACGAACUUGGCGGAUUACUCGGACAUCGACUUCUCUUCGCCAUUCUUUGCCGCCUUACCGGACGCGGAUCGAUAUCGCAUCAUAAAUCAAGCGCGGUUACGAUCGAGACUGAGGAUGGGAUAUUCUAUGGAGCAGUUGGAUGCGAUGUUCCCCAAUCGCAUGGCGUUUUCGAAGUUCCAGAUUGAGCGAGUGGUACGGCGGAAUGAACUCUCGCAGCGACUCAUGAACCUACAGGGCCGUGAUGCGGAUCUCAUGAUUGGCCGGGUGGCGGGUGAGAGGGACAAAGAGUAUGUCAUGGUGAGGAACGAGAAGGAUACUGGCUGGGCGAUGACAUUCGUCGGCAAUAAAGGCGAGCUUGAGGGCGCACAGAGCAAACCGAUCGACGUGGAGAAGUUAGGAGAGGAAGAUUUGAAAGUUGAGGAUAGUGACGAAGAUGUAGAGUUUGAGGACGUUCCAGUUGAAGGGCUGAAUCGCUUGCCUAAAGGACCGCGAAGGUUACCGCCAGAGCUGGCGAGACUGCGAGGCGGUGAGGCCAUCAGAAUGCGGCAAGCAUUGUACGAUUCGAGGAUGGAACAGACGGGCAGUAAGAGAAAGUCGUCGGCAAAGGAUACAGGCGCUGCGAAUGACGCGCUCUUUCUAGGAAGCGAUAUUGAUGAUGUCUUGUUUGAGAUUGAGGAUGAAGAAUUAGAAGCCGACGAGGAUCUACGCAAUGCCAUCGCCAUGUCGCUCAGAGAUCGGGGAUUCCAAGUGGAGAACGAUGACGAGGAUUUGCAACGUGCUAUCGCAUCAUCUCUGGGGAACACAGACGGUGGCGACGGUAAAGGCAAGGGCAAGGCUGUGGAAACGACGGAGAGUUCAUUCCAGGAUGAUCAGGGGGAGGAGGGUACCAAUGACAUCGCCUACCAGCAGGUAGUUGCCGAGUCCUUGAAGCCACAGCCCAGAAAUCGAAGUACUGCCACCGACACCGACAAUAACAGUGGAACACCAUCCUCGAGCAUGUCCGCGCGAAAACUGCCUGGAAAAUUAGACCUGAGUAACAGCAGGAGUUUUCUUUUUGGGAAGAAUAAAAAGCCAUUAUCACUCAACCCCAAGCUUAAAUCAGCAGUAGCCAGUAAAGCGGAGGAGGAGGAGGAACCCGUCCGUUUGCCUCCAUGGUUUAGUGGCGGCGGUAUACGAGAUAUUCUUGCAGAAGUCGAGAAGGCAAAGCAGACCACCAAGGAGCAGUUCGCUGAACUGGAAGCACCACAGCCACGGGAGGGAUCUCCAAUAUCGCUUUCUUCUGAUGAUGACUCUGAUGUUGAGUUCUUGGAUGUCGCCCCGAGUGCUAGCCAGAGAAAGGCCAAGCCUGAGCCAAUCAACACCGACGAACUCGCAGAGCGUUUGAGAGCGAUUCCUCCUGAUAGUCACAAGGCGGAAUCAGCACCUCAAUCUGAACCUGUUCAGCCUGCACUCCCAGUUGCGGGAGACAGCGAUGAAGAGAUUGAAUGGAGCGACAGCGAGGAUGAGCAAACCGUACCCGCCCCGCAAACUGCCGCGACCGCAGCAGUUGCAGAUACCGAAGGCAAGAGUUUACUGUUGGAAUCCAAGGGAAAGUUCCCUCCAACUACAGCCUCGCAACUAGAUGACGUCGGCAUGGGACCUCCACCCAAUAUACGCCUUCCUUCCCCACCCCCUGAUGAGAUCGAGGAGCCGGAUGACUUCGAGAUCAGUUUCGAUCGCGAGCCAACUCCACCUCAAGAGCUUGCGCUGGAAGAUGCCGACGAGAACGAGCUCAUACUGCAAAUGGAACGCGAACAAGCAGAACACGCUCGAUUCGCAGCAGAAAUCACUCACGGCGGUAAUCGUGCGCAAAAUGCCCUCGACUACGAACAGGAGCUAAAAUCACUACGCACACAACAGAAGAAGGACCGCCGGGAUGCAGACGAGGUCACUCAGGUUAUGAUACAGGAAUGUCAACAACUGCUUACACUCUUCGGUCUGCCCUACAUCACCGCGCCUAUGGAGGCUGAAGCUCAAUGCGCCGAGCUUGUGAAGCUCGGGCUGGUGGAUGGAAUCGUCACCGAUGACUCCGACGUCUUUCUGUUCGGUGGGACGAGGGUAUAUCGAUACAUGUUUAACGAUAAGCAGGUUGUACAAUGCUACCUUACGUCAGAUCUCGAGAAGGAGUUUUCGCUUGACCAGAACCGACUCAUCGCCGCUGCUCUAUUACUGGGCUCAGAUUACACCGAGGGCAUCCCGAAUGUCGGCCCUGUCACGGCCAUCGAGCUCCUCGCCGAGUUUGCAGAUGAGGGUCUGGCAGGCUUCAAAGAGUGGUGGACCAAGGUUCAGCAAGGUGCAGACACCCCUGAGGAGUCAUCCUCCCGUUUCCGUAGGAAAUUCAAACGCGCCAACACGGCAAAGAUCUUUCUCCCACCAUCAUUCCCGAAUGCCAGAGUUGUCAACGCCUACCUCCACCCCGAGGUCGAUUCAGAUCCCAGCACAUUUGAGUGGGGGGUGCCAGAUCUAGAGGGGCUGCGAACAUUCCUGAUCAAUACCCUCGGCUGGAGCAAGGAGAGGACAGAUCAGAUCCUUGUGCCGGUCAUCAAAGAUAUGAACCAGAAGACAGUCGAGGGCGGUCAGGUGAAUAUCACGCAUUUCUUCGGAGGUCCGACCGGAACAGGUGCGUUUGCGCCAAGGGUUAGGCCUGCGGGGAAGAGCUCAAGGAUUGAGAAGGCUAUGGAACUGCUGAAGAGGAAGGGGGAUGGAGAAGAUAUUGCUGAGGAGGAGCCUCCGAAGAAGAAGCCGAUGUCGAUGAGGGAGAGAUUCGCGCAAGAUUUUGCGGAGGGGGACGACGCGGCGGGAGAGACGAAGGAGAAGGCGCAAGAAGUAGAGAAACCGAAGAAGGGCAGGAAGGCAGCGCCGAAACGGAAACCUGCAAAGAGAGGCAAGAAGACAAAGGCGAAAUGAGGGCAGUGUAUUAAAUAUGUCAUGUAUUUUUUUCUUUAGAUGGUCAAUAUUCUUUCGGCAGAUCUACUCUGCCUACAUAAUCCUCUUGUAUGUACGCUCGGAAUUAUGCAUGAUAUGCCGG